GCGGGCGAGAGGCGUUUCCGUGGCAACGUGUUUGGUGACAUCGGGACACGGUCAAGUGGUCUUCUCAGGUACACGCACACGUUCACGAAGCGUUACUCCAGUGUUUACGGUGUUGAUAACGGAAGCUCUUCGCCCGGAUUAGAAGGUCAGAAGGAAUCCCCCGGUAAGCCUCCAUAUCGUCUUUAAUGGAGCGCUACGAGACUCUGGGUCUGGUCGGGGAGGGCAGUUAUGGCACUGUGCUGAAAUGCCGCCAUCGAGGCUCCGGCCGCCUCGUUGCCAUCAAGAAGUUCAUGGACUCAGACAGUGACAAGACAGUGAAGAAGAUCGCCCUGAGGGAGAUCAAGCUGCUCAGGAAACUAUGUCAUGAGAACCUGGUGAACCUUCUGGAAGUGUGGAAGCGUCGUCGCCGCUGGUAUCUGGUGUUUGAGUUUGUGGAGCGAACACUUCUGGAUGAUCUGGAGCAAAACCCAAGUGGACUGGACCUGAACACCAGCCAGCAAUAUCUGUAUCAGAUCCUGAGAGCCGCAGCCUUCUGCCACCAGCAAAAUAUCAUCCAUCGUGACAUCAAGCCUGAGAACAUCCUCAUCUCCCAGGGGGGCGUGGUCAAGCUGUGUGAUUUUGGCUUUGCCCGAACUGUAACAACACCUGCUGAGGACGGUGUCUACACUGACUAUGUUGCUACUCGCUGGUACAGAGCCCCCGAGCUGCUGGUGGGAGACCUUAAAUACGGAAAGCCAGUGGAUGUGUGGGCUGUAGGCUGUCUGUUAUUAGAGAUGUUAACAGGUGAGCCUCUCUUUCCCGGAGACUCAGACCUUGACCAAAUUUACCACAUUGUCAGGUGCUUUGGUAACCUGACAGCUCAUCACCAGGAGCUGUUCCACAGGAAUCCCAUCUUUUCCGGAGUCACAUUGCCAGAAAGCUCCGAACCAGUCACAUUGCAGGAGCGCUUCCCUACAAUCACAUCUACUGCCCUGGACCUGGCACAGAGCUGUCUCCGGAUGGAUCCAGAGAGACGAGCUGAGUGUUCAGAACUGCUAGAACAUCCUCUCUUCACACAAGACUGUUUCCACAUCAGGUUUUUGGGUGAGCUGAAUGCUAAGAUAAAAAAAGACCACAGUCAAAAUUCAACUUUACCCAAAAUAACUAAAACCCCAAGAAAAGAAAAGGAUGAAGGGAACGAGAAAAACCAGAGAGGCAAAGACAAGAAACAACUGGGAACCAUGAAUGCAGACAUUAAAAAGACAAUGGAGAAAAAGGACAAGAAAGAAGAGAUGGAGACAACCAAAGCAAAGCAGCCUUCAAAGCUUUCUAAAACUAUUCGGAACACCUCUGAACCUUUGGUGUUCACCAAACCGUCCAACAUGUUAGGUGCUAAGGUUAUCGAUAAUGCAGCAAGACCUUCAGUGGCCGUGAAGAGUAUUUCUAAAUCAGCUAAAACCCACACCUGUGAUUUAUCAGAAGGUACCAAGACUGUACCAGGUUUAAAGGACAAUAACACAGUGGCAGUUACAUCUAAGAAUGAGAAGGCUGCUUCUCCAAAGCAAAGGCAAGACCACUUAAAGACUAAAGAAAAUUCAAAGGACGAUUUGCCUUCUAGUUGCUCAAAUACAGCAGUGUCAAAUGAGACUGAGAAAAACACAAUGGACACCUGGAGAUGUUCUAAAUCUGAACCAAGACGGGAAUUUGGAAAGAGCUGGAACACUGCAAACACUAAAGUGCCCAAAAUUUCUAAAAUCACAGCCACUGACCAUCCAAAUGUAUGUUUAUCUCCAAAUGCUUCUCUGGAAUCAACCGUCGAUGGGAGAGGCAAUGACAACAAUGACCACGCUGGGGUCACUACCCUAACUAUUCCUCCUGUCACCAAGCAAUGCAAGACAGCUACUGUUCAAGAGCAUCUGAGCAUCAACACUAUUCCAAAAACACUGAGAGUCCCAGAUAAAGAGAACAAAGAGGAUUUUGCGUUUUCUGUGUCUAUCAGUGCAACAGCUAUGUCUUUGGUAAAUCAAACCUUAAAGAUUUAUGGAAGCUCAAGUAAUGAGCAAAGGAACAACAGCAGUGAAGUUGAAUCUGAUGAAACAUUUCUGAGACCCCCUGACUCUAAAGUUCUGAUUGAAAAGCUUGGGCCUUUUAUCAGCCACACCAAGUCUACCUCAACAAUGACCACAAAGUCACAGAAAACCGCAUUUCCUACAGAAGAAAGAAAGAGAAGUGACAGCCUGGAAAGGAACAAUACAACAAAUAUAACCACUACCAUGGACUGCACUUUAGUCCAGUCUACAGCGACUCCAGACCACAGAACUUCGACAAGAAGCUUUGUCCUUCACAACGUGGACACUCAUGAGUUUGAUUUCGGUCUACCUCAGUCCAGGUGUACAGAUAAGCCAAGGCAUCCCGGUACUCGACUGGCCCAGCAGUCCCUGUCGAGCCACAUCACAGCAUCAGUCACAGCACAGGUGUCAGAUAAAAAUCUGACUGGCGAGUGCGCCCUCCUGCCUGAUCGCUGUACCUGUGGCAACAGUGGUGGCGUUACUGUGGCCAAAAAGAGGUCAGACAUCCAUUUCCCAGAUCUAAGAAGCUCAGUGUUGCCAGAGCUCAGAGGAAGAGAUGGCAAACACAACCAAGGUGUCACAAAGGAUCAGAGGAGAGACAAACAGCCAGUUCCUCACAUUUCUCCAUCAGAACCAAAGACACAACAGCUCUGAUUUGGACUUAAACAUUCAUCCUAACACACCUGUCUUCUUACCUGGUCACUUAAAUUCAGAUUCCUUAACCAUAUGGUAUAACACUUUACCCAAACUCAGACUGUUGCAAUUUAUUUAGUGUUAGCGGCAGCUACAUUUUGCUAAUAUGAAGAACCAGUUGUUUAAUUUACACCUGGUCUUUUGUGUUAGAUAACCUAAUAAUAAUACAGAUGUUAAAUCUUUAGUCAAAAGGAUUGAUAGUGUAUGAAAAUGUAAUUAAUGAGAUUUAAAAGUGUUUAGCUUAGCUUUACACCUUUUUAAAACAUCAGUCUGGUCAUUCGUAUGUAAGUACUUGUCAAAUUGUUGUUAAACAGCAGAUCACUGCUGUGGUUUUACAUGGGCAUCAUACGAAUAAAGAAGGUUUUUAAAAAGAUUGUUGUAUUGUCUUGGUUUAUGGCUGUAGCUAACGGCUCUGAACUGACACGCAUACAUCUGAAACAACUUUUAAUCUUGAACAUUUAAUAUUUAAUGUUUACUGAUAGUGAUGCAG